AUGGCGCUUUCCACCGCUCCUCCACCACCUGACCCUCCUCCCACCGCUGCUGCCGUCUCCACCUCCACUACCACCGCCGCAACAACAAGACCCCUCUUGCCUUACCCCAGACCCCCUAAUCCCCACCCACACACCCCAACUCCCAACCUCUUUAAUUCAUCCCCAUCAAGACAAUUGCCUUCCAAUCCCAACCCGAGUUACGCUCAAUUGGCCCCCCGGCCACCCCAAUCCGACCUCCACUCUCGCCCACAGGACCCCUCACAGCUGCUUUACCCCAUCGCCUCCUCCGGCCGAGGAUUCCUUCCGAGACCCAUCACCAUGCUUGCGACCCGACCCACCUCGAGGCUACCCCUGGCGUUCUCUGCUACGGAUUUAGGUCAGGGUGCCGCAAAAGGAAUUCCUGUAUCCACUUCACACCACCUGAAGGUUGGUCCUUCAACUACCAUCUCUGAUAGUAACGGCUACAAAGAUUUGAUGGAUAGAAGUAGGGAUAAUACUGUUACGGUUAUUGGAGAUCGAAAGGUUAGAAUAUCUGAAAAUGCUUCUCUUUAUGCCCUUUGCCGGUCAUGGUUGAGGAAUGGUUUUCCAGAAGAAACUCAGCCUCAGUACCCGGAUGUCAGAAAGUGUCUUCCCAGACCUCUGCCAGUAGCUGCACAACAUUCAGAUUCUCCUGGGAGGAAGGAAGAUGAUAAAGAAGAGGAAGAAAAGGAUAUGGAGGCUGUUGAGGAAAUAUCUACGAAAGACCUGUUGCAAAGACAUAUCAAGCGUGCUAAGAGGGUUAGGUCACGGCUAAGAGAAGAAAGGCUUCAACGAAUUACUAGAUACAAAACCAGGCUUGGUCUUCUCUUACCCCCAAUGGUAGAGCAACACGUAAAAAAUGAAUCUGCUGCAAACUGA